ACUAGUGUUCACGAGAGUUUUCAUUUUUCAAAUUACAAACCAGUAGAGUAAAAGUGUUCUGUGCAGUUAAAGUUAAUAUGUGACUUCUAUUAAAACGUAGAAGACGUGUGUUACAUAAAUAAUCAAAAUAUACAACCGUAUAUCAUCCGAUAUAAUCUUUGCCAAGUACAAAAGAAUAAAUUACAUCAAUAAAAAGGGAAAGAGUAUCAAAAGGUUUUAAACGGAAAAAAAUAUGGUUAAAGCUGUUGUUAUAAUAACCGUGAGUGACACAUGCUGUAAAGAUCAUGCCAAAGAUCAAUCUGGCCCAGCAUUAUUUCAACUUGUUAAAGAAAAAUUUCCAGACGCAGAUAUUCAUACAAUUAUAUUACCAGAUGAGAAAGACCUUAUUGAAAAGAAGUUAAAAUAUUUUUGUGAUACAAAAAUAGAUUUGAUUCUUACUACCGGUGGUACUGGUUUAAGCAGUAGGGAUGUCACUCCCGAAGCCACUAAAGCAGUUAUCCAAAGGGAAAUACCAGCAAUUUCAACUGCAAUGACUAUUGAAAGCUUAAAAAAGACCCCCAUGGCUAUGUUAUCUCGUGCAAUUGCUGGGAUUAGAGAUAGUACACUAAUUGUAAACUUUCCCGGGAGUAAGAAAGCCGUUAUUGAAUGUGCUGAGGUUGUGAUGCCAGUGCUGUCACAUGCACUGUCCCUUUUGGCAAACAAUUUGAAUGAAGUAAGCAGAGUACAUGAUACAAUGAAAGCUGAACAUAGAUGUAGUCACAAGAUGAGUAAGGUUGAUGUCAGUAAAGUUGCACUGAGACACCGGGAAUCCCCAUAUCCCAUGUUGGAAAUGUCAGAAGCUUUUCAGAUAGUAGAUGCUGUAAUGUCGCAAUGGAAAGAAUGUGUUGAAGUCUUACCACUGGAGCAGUGUAUAGGCAAGGUUGCUGCACAGGAUAUUCGAGCCAAGGAGCCAAUGCCACCAUUUCCAGCUUCUAUUAAAGAUGGCUAUGCGUGUUUAAGUUGUGAUGGAGCGGGAGUACGCAAGGUUCGCAGCGCACUGACAGCGGGAGAUGAGUAUCCUCAGGAGAGUCCUCUCGUGGCAGGAGAGUGCGCGCGCGUCAAUACUGGCGCACCGGUACCGCCCGGAGCAGAUUGUGUUGUUCAGGUAGAAGACACGAGACUGAUCAAAGCAACAGAAGACUACCAAACAGAGUUGGAGGUUGAAGUGUUAGUGGCACCAGCAGCUCACCAGGACGUACGACCAGUCGGUUUCGAUAUCCCGCUCGGCACGAUAUUAUUGGAAAAAGGUGACGUAAUAGAUGCCGCGCAGAUCGGCAUUUUGGCUGGAGCCGGCUGUCUCGAGAUUCCGGUACGACUGUGUCCAAAGGUAGCGAUAUUAUCUACAGGCAAUGAGCUGCAAGAACCAUCAGAGGUGACACUGCACCCGUCACAUAUCAGGGAUUCAAAUAGACUUAUGUUAAGGAGUUUACUCAGAGAGCACGGGUACGCGAGCGUGGACAGCGGCAUCGCGCGGGACGAGCCGGGCGCUCUGGCGGCGGCCAUAGCGACCGCGCUGAGCUCGGCCGACGUGCUCGUGUGUACGGGCGGCGUGUCCAUGGGCGAACGAGACCUGCUCAAACCAGUGCUGCAACAUGAUUUCGGCGCAAGCAUACAUUUUGGCCGAGUUCGGAUGAAGCCCGGCAAACCCAGUACAUUUGCAACCUGCACAUACAAAGGGAGGACCAAGUACAUUUUUGCUUUACCCGGCAACCCAGUCUCUGCGUACGUGUGCUGCGUCCUAUUCGUGGUCCGCGCGCUUCGCCGAUGUACGCGCGACACCAGCGAGUACGCUCGUAUGCGGGUGCGACUGGCCGGUGACGUCACGCUCGACCCGCGCCCGGAAUACGCGCGGGCGGUACUAACCUUCCCCACCACUGACCAGCUCCCGGUAGCAACUGUGCUUGGCAAUCAGUGCAGCAGUCGCUUGCUGAGUGUAUGUGGAGCCAGUGUGCUGUUAGAGCUGCCUGCAGCCACCGACACUGUCAAGGUUCUAGCUGCAGACUCCACAGUGUCUGCACUCAUAGUGGGACGAAUCGAUCUCACUCGGUCUUGAUAUUUAAUAAAUGUUUCGGGAUAUCACAUGUGAAACGCUUAUAAAUACAUAAAAUCUCAAUAUUACUUAACAGUUACCUAUGUUUUUAUACUGUACUAGCUGACCCAGCAAACGUUGUAUUGCCGAUAUUAAAAUCGCGAUACAAAAGUAACUGUUGAUCGUAGAUGGGUGAAAAUUUGAAGUUGUAUGUAUUUUUUAAUGCCACAUUAUAAAAAAAUAAAAACAAAAUUUCGUCCAAAAAUUAAAAAAAAAAAUUAAGGGUGAACAACCCUUAUUACUUAGGGGUAUGAAAAAUAGAUGUUGGCCGAUUCUCAGACCUACUCAAUACGCUCACAAAAUUUCAUGAGAAUCGGUCAAGCCGUUUCGGAGGAGUACGGGAACGAACAUUGUGACACGAGAAUUUUAUAUAUAAGAUUAAUAUAAGCAUACAGUUUAUGUUCCACACUAAAACAAGAUCUAUGAAAAGAGGUAAUUCUAAACAUAAAUAUGAAACAAAUGUAAUAGCUUUAUAUGGAUCCAAUAUAUUUUGUAGUUUUCUUACCUCUGGCCACAGACGAGUAAAAAAAGAGGGACUCCGUUUCACCUUACAUUAUAGUGAAGCACCAAAACAAGCCGGUAAACGAGUAGAUAUACAGCCUCACGCACACACUUACACUAAUACAAGCCGAUCGCCGCCAUUAUGAGAUAUGGCAUCGUCUGUGACAGAUCAGUUUGCGUCGCAAGAAAAUAUUUUCAAAGUGCCGUCGUGCGUUGUGAAAGUGUAAAAACGAUACUAUAAAAGUAUUUGUGACCAUAUAUAAUUAUUUAAGGGAGAAAAAAUUGUGUAACUGAUAUCUCCGGAACCGCACACACACUAGCAUAAAGGCCCCAUUGCUAAUAUCACGGCACGGAGUGCUUAUUUUUUUACUCGUCCGUGCCUCUGGCAACAUUUUUAAACAACCAUUGUGACAACAACGAAACAUAUAAAUCACGUAAGUAAUUUCUAUGUUUUGUUACAGUCUUUUAUUAAUUAAUAUAAAUAUAUUAAUAUAAUUUAUAUAAAUACUAUGUUAUUUCUUAAUUUCUUGUAUAUUACUAUGUUGCAGUUACCAUGAUAGUUGUUGACUUAAAAACUAUAUUAUUAUACCUCAUAGAUAAUAAAAGUUUUAAGGCUGAAAUUUACACAAAAGACUAUAUCUUCCUGUUAAUUAAGACCUUCCCCCAAUGAUUUAUAUUGACAGAACUACUUAACUUUACAAUGAAUAAGUAAGAACUAACAUUACAAUGAUUACAACUAAUAAACUAAAAAUACACAAUUCCGCAUUGUGCAUCGCUAAACUCUAUUCCAAUCCUAAUUUAUGUACAAAAUAAUUUCAUUAAAGGUUUUGUUCAAAGGUUUCGUAAAAAUAUCGGCUAUUUGUUGCUUGGUAGGUAUAUACAUAACACAAAUUUCCUUACAUUCUAUUUUAUGUUUAAUAAAGUUGUAUUUUACAUCCACAUGCUUCAUUAUUUUUUGAUCAGGAUUACAUACAGAAAAUAUUGUACUUUUAUUGUCUUCAUAUAUGGUAGUGGUGUUACAACUAACGUCUAACUCAUUUAAUAAUUUCCUAAUCCAACAAGCCCCUAGAGUGGCUUCAUUGAGGGAGUAUAACACUGCCUCAGUUGUGCUUAAAGCUACAGUGCUCUGCUUUUUGCAACGCCAAAUAACACUGUUAUCAAAUACUUUAAAUAUAUAACCAGUUAUAGAUUUCCUAUCUUUAUCUACAGCAAAACUAGCAUCAGCAUAUCAAACUAGUGGUUCGGAUAUACAAUUCUUAUUAUAUUUUAAAUUAUAAUUAAUGGUAUCUUAAUAUCCUUUUCAAGCAUUGCACUAACCUUUCUGAUGGUCUAGAUUUAUAUCUUGCUAAAUGUGAAACAGCAGCACACAAAUCAGGUCUUGAACCUACUACAGCAUACAUUAAAGAAAUAACCUAACUUAACUAACCCUUAUUCCAAAGUCUGCACUCACAUGAACUUUCCUGACCUUCCUUGAUGAUUCAUAUAUUUAUUGAACAUUUAUUGUUUCUUUCAUUUAUUCUUUUAAUACAAAUCAUUGUUAUGUUAGUUCUGUUAGUUAACAAUGAUUUAUUGAAUAUAAUAUUGUAUUGUAAUGACAACACUGGCAUCGGUUGUGAAGGCCUUCAGAACCUUUUCUGUAUGAGGUUAUACAUUACAUUGUUAUUGUUGUUUGAGAUAUAAAAUAAAAAGCAUGUUUUAUGUUCCAAGUCUUCGUAUCUUUAAUUAUCCCCAUAAUCCUUAACACUUCCAAUAUUUAAAAGUGAUCAAUAAAAAAAGUGCAAUCAAUUAAACCUAUCAUUUUAGUACUGGUGGGCAAAAGGAUAGGAGAAAUUACCAAAGGCAACCAACACUGGAAAAAGGCUGUACUUCAAGUAUAAUUUGUUCUAAUAUUUUAAUUUUAUAUAGUUUGAUUUUAAUAUCCUGGAAAUGUUAAAAUAAUAAAAUUGUUGUGGAAAUAUUUAAUUAAAAUAAUAAAAUAUUUACUUUUAUAA